AUGUCGACUACGAUGGAAGCCAUCAUAAUUCCGCGAUUCGGAGGACCUGAAGUCCUAGAGCACCGACAGGUGUUGAAGCCAGCACCCAUCGAUGGCGAAGUCCUUCUCAAAGUAAAAGCUUUUGGCCUCAACCAUGCGGAGAUGCAUAUGCGCAAAGGUGAAUGGGAUGAGUGGAAUGCGAUCACCGGUCUCGAGUGUGUCGGGUUGGUCGAAGCAUGUCCUGGCGGCGAAUUCUCCGUCGGAAGCAAAGUAAUGGGCAUCAUGGGUGGCAUGGGCAGAAAUCGACCAGGCUCAUAUGGCGAGUACGUGAAUGUGCCCGCAAGCAACGUCGUCCAGAUCGAGACCAACCUACCAUGGGAAGAGCUUGCUGCUAUACCUGAGGUCUACUCGACCGCCCACUCUUGUGUCUUCACGGUGCUGGAUGUGAAGGAAGGCGAGUCAUUGCUCAUCCGUGGCGCCACUUCCACGAUCGGUCAAGCAGCAGUCAAGUUGGCCGUCGACGCUGGCGCUAAAGUCACCACCACGACCAGGCGGAGUGAACGAUUUGACCUGAUGAAAACAAUGGGAGCUGUGGAUGUCAAGGUGGAACAAGAUGAUUUGGCCAAAGAAUUUCUUGCUGAAACCAAGUUCGACAAAGUCCUCAAUUUGGUCGGCAACCGUGUUCUCCUGGAGUCAAUCAGCCUUACCCGUGCUGGAGGUCGUAUGUUGCAGGCUGGGUGGCUUGGAGGGCUGGCACCUGUCAAGGAUUUCAAUCCAAUGGUGCAAAUGGAGUCCGGUGUGCACUUCAGCUUAUUCCACAGCAAGGUCUUGGGAACCUCCACCUUCCCAUUGUCGGCAAUACCAUUACAAGACAUUGUGCGAAAGAUCGAGAAUGGUGCUUGGGACGCGAAGCCUACAUAUGUGUUCGAUUGGAAGGACAUUCGCAAGGCGCAUGAGAUUUUGGAUUCUCAUAAUGCUGGAGGCAAAAUUGUGAUCAAGCGUUAG